UUGGUGUCGGUUUGAUUUCAUGAUGACCUGUUUUUGGUGUUUAAUAGCAUUAAUCAGUACAUUAUGGCUACCAAAGGUGGAGUCUAGAUCAGAUUACUAUCAUGAACUGUCUAUGCAAAUAUUCACCCCACCCACCAAAAUAGCAAAUGAAAGUCUUUUCGGAUACAGCAUUACCUACGUGCCAAAAAAUAAAAGGUUAAUAGUAAGUGCACCAAACGAGCCAAAAUUUGGAAAUAUAUAUAACUGUAACCUUGAAAACCAUAAAUGUGAUCUCAUUCAGAAUUAUAUUAAACAAGAACGUAUGCAGACAUCGUUUGGAUGGAGCAUUGCUGUCGAUGGCCAAAAAAUAGUAAUGGGAGAUCCUGCAGGCAAGAAUGGUCGAGUUCUUUAUUUCUCGGAUAUAGAUAACGGUAAAAAGGGUAGUUUGAUCACUAAAACCGUUACUGAGUUGCGGUAUAAUCUUGGUUAUAGUGUCGCAGCCGGACAUUUUUUAAGUGACGAUGCUACAACAUUUGUAUUUAGCACGCCAUAUGGUCUAAUUGGAUAUGGACAGAUACUAGCUCACAAUGGUAAAAACUUUGUCACUUAUCAACAAGUAAAACGAGUGGGGAUGCUAUUCGGUGCCUCGUUAUGCUCUGCACGCUUGGAGAGUACCAGAGCUGCGCUGCUGGUAGGUGCUCCUGCAUAUGCAACUGAGCAUCAGUACGACGUCGGCGCUGUAUACAUAUAUACGUUCAAAGAAGACCGGAAAAAAAUAACAAUGGAACUAAGAUCCACUAUAUACGCUAAAAAGGAUGGAGGCUAUUUCGGAUAUGCAAUUGCUAAUCUUGGAGACUUGAACCGAGAUUUAAAAGAUGAGAUAGCAAUAUCAGCGCCCUAUGAAGACGAUGGUCGUGGUGCAGUGUACAUAUACUCAGGGUUGCACUUAAUCACCAAAUCGCCAAAGGAAUUGACCUGGCUACAACGUAUACAACCGGAGAGUUUUCUAGCAUUUGGCUUGAGUCUAUCAGUCAUCAAUGAUUACGACGAAAAUGAUUGUAACGAAUUGGCUGUUGGGGCACCUUUUAACAACACUGCAGUGAUGCUGAGGUGCAUAGCAACAAUUAAGAUCGAUGUAAAGGAUUUGAAGCCUUACAAUGAAACAAUCAAGAGUACUGGAAGCACAGGACCGCUUUUUAAAAUUAGUUCCUGUGUGGAAAUAUAUCGUCCUAAAAAAUUAAAGCAUAUUGAAGCAAAUGUUUCUGUAACAAUUACAAUAACGCACGCCAAUUGUAAAUUAGAUAACGCAACGGACAGUAGUGGCAUGGUGACGAAGUAUUAUAUACCAAGGGAUAUAUUGAACAAUAGAAGCAUAAACAAGUACUGCAGAAACAUAACAAUUAUAACACCUCUGGAAUUAUAUUAUGAGCCAUAUGUUCAAUAUAAAGUAUUAAUUCAGCAACACAAUGAUCCAAAAAAUAAUUCAAUAUUCAAUGCAACCGAGGUUCUUCUCAGUGAUGCAAGUGUCAUGUCGAUUACAUCUUUCUUCAUUGUUAAGGAAUGCGAGGGAGGAAAGGACUGUGUACCCAAACUUGAUCUCUCUAAAUUUAUUAGCAUGCCAUCGCCCUAUACCAUUGGAAGUAGCAAAAAUGAAGAGAUAGAAGUAAUUUUAAGUAAUGCAGGAGAUGCAGCUUAUGAUGCGUGCGUUAUUAUUGACGUGAAAGGUGUUCGCAUCAAAGAGUGGGGCCAUUCUUGUCUAAGGCAAGGUGUUAACGAGAUGUUGAAAUGCAAACCAUCCGUACUAUUAAGAACUAACACAACCUGGAUUACUGAUAAGAUUUUUCUCGAUGUACAAAGCUUGAAUAAUAAUGAUAAAGAAAUUAUUAUUAACAUUACAUUAUUUGAUCGAUGCGAUGGACCGGUCACGAAAACUAAUUUGAAAACUAUACCGUUGCAAGCUGACAAGGACCACGUAAUACUUAAAGGCUCGACUUCAGGUGGUGAUAUUAUCAACUUAACAAGGGAGAAUAUAGAUGUUACAGGAAAACGUAUUCAGCACGUAUACUCGAUUUAUAACAACGGUUCUACAACCUGGGUAAACUUAAAUAUGACUAUUAGUUUAGAGAAACAGCCUUAUAUCUCCAGAUAUACGAUACCUACGGGAGACUUCUACCACUGUACCAAUUUACAAGAAACAGAAGAGAUGUAUAUAAUGUCAUGUGAAGUAGAAAUAUUGAAGUCCAAUCGUAAGAUUCAAGUCAUCCUGCCAAUAGAGUUGCCACCUCGAAUUUUGGACAAAUAUCUAUACAAGGGAGCUCAAGUUGUCUCCCAUCUUGAAGUCGGCCUAAACGAAGUUAAAGAACCGUACAGCAUUAGGAGCAGUCUACAUUUGUACGACGCCAGUGUACCACUUUGGAUCAUCAUCGCUGCCUCCCUGGUUGGAUUACUGAUUCUUAUCAUUUUAGCAUUCGUUUUACACGAGUGUGGCUGCUUAAGGCGAAAAAAUAAAGAAAAACUCCAAGCAUUGCAAAGAGACGUUAAAAGACAAAGUAUACGUCGGUCAAUGGUAAGAGUUAGCACACACAGUCGCGAUGGAACAGAUCAUCAACCUCUUAUCACUGAAUCGGACUUAGAAAACGAAGUCGACACUCAAGACAUUACUCUUAACAUUCCUCCACCAACAACUGAGCUCACCGUAUCCGAACCCAUCAUAUCAGAACAAGAGGCUUCUAACCUAAAACCUGAAUUAAUUACAUCCGGGGUUGUAAUUAAUGCUGAACAUAUGAAUAAUGGAGCACCAACAUUAAUAACGACGGGUAAUGUAACGAAACCCAAACCAACCCCCGCACCAAAACCAAAACCAACACCGGAGUAUAAGCCAGAGACCGAUUAUGAAGUUCCACUUGAUCUGCAAAAACAAAAUAAAUUAAGGGCCGAUAUUAUACUGGGUGGUCUACAAAAGAACUUAUUGACGCAGCGCAAUUUCUCGGGAAGUUCAACAAGUCUGUCCAACAUUAAAUAAUAUACUGAGUCAAGUUAACGAAUAACCACUACAUUAAUAUUUAACUAUUUUUAAAACUUAUUUUCAUAUUGCACUAAUAUUUUAUAACUAUGUACAAGAAUUUAGAGAGCUUACGACGUUUAUGUUUUCGUCUUUCGCGACAGUUGUUUCGACUUCAUCCAGAAGUCUUCUUCAGGGUGAGUACAGUGCGA